CGCCAUCACCACAUAAUCAUACAUAUUUUUUUGUAUGAUUGUUAAUACAAAACAUCUACAUCAUUUUUGUUUUGUUUGUUUUUUCGUUAAUCGUAUGAUUUAAUUGUUGAAAUAUAAUGUUUGUUUGAUCAUGAUAAUUUAUAAAUUGCGGUUUCUACAUACAUCCAUACAAUUGUACAGUUUGUUUUUUUUGUGUGUGUGUGUUAACACACACAAAUAUUUAGUUGCUGUAUAUUUUGACUCUGUUUUUCCAUGCAUGUGUUUCGAUAAUGAUGAUGUUGAUCAUCAUCAUUUGCCAUUUAGACGUACGACUGUAUUGUACGUUGUGAUUUUUUUUUUCAACAGAAAUUUUUUUGUCCAUGUUUGUGAUAAUUAAAAAAAAAUUGCUUUCUUUUUUUUUUUAUUUUGAAUCAAAUGAAAAAUUUUUAAAAUAAAUUGAAUUAAUAAUUUCUGUUAAUAAUAGUGUGAUAUCUAUUGUGGUCAUUCAAUCAAAUCUUUGGUGUACCUGUCCCACUUUGUAAUCAUCAAGCGAUAGGAUUUUUUUCUUUUUUUGGAUUUCAUCGUAAAUUCAUUUUUCAAUUAUAAUCAAUUACGAUUUGAUUCUCGAUCCUUCGAUUCAUAUAAUACGAUUCAACAUCAUCAUCAUCAUCAUCAUCAUCAUUCAAAAAUGAAAUUAAAAAGUCUUAAAAAUUAUGUUAAUAAACGUAAAAAUAAUAAUGAAAAUAAAAAAAAUCAAUCAAAAAAUGUAUCAUAUGAUACAAUAUCAUUGGCAGGUAAUUGGUUUCAUAAAGAAUUAAAUGAAUCAAGAAGAAAUUCUCGUUCAAAUUCAAUAAGUUCAACACGUACCUAUAUAAUUGAUAGUUCAACAUCAACAUCUUCAUCAUCAUCAUCAUCAUCAUCAUCAUCAUCAUCAUCAUAUGGCCGAUUAUUAUCACAACAUUAUGGACACAAUUCUUAUUCAUCAUAUGAAGAUGACGAUUAUGAUAAUGAUAGCCACAGCCACCACCACCUAACAUCGGAAAAAUUGAAUCAUUUAAAUACUAUAAAUUAUAUGUCAUCUUCAUCACCAUCGAUAUCGUUCCAUCAACAUCAUAAUCAUCAUCACGUUAGGAGUUAUUAUAUAUAGCUAUAGCUCCUUGUUUAAAAUCGACAUUUAAAAAAAUCGAAUAAAAACAAAUUAGUGAUACAAACAAAAAACCGGCCAAUAUUUCAUUCAUGGAUCUCAUCCACCAACCUCUACAACAAAAAAAAAAAUCCAUUGAUUGAUUUCGAUCUCGAAUGGCUUUCGAUAAAAAAAAAUUAUUUAU